UUCAGCUCUGAACUGUAGGUUUUCUGACAUUCUUUUGUCAAAUCACACUCCGUCCUCAUCUUGUGCCUGCUUUUGUUUUCUGUGUGUUGUAUCUUUCUGUAGCUGCAUGUCUAGAUAUUCUGGGUAAUGCAACAUGUUUCAAGUUGUCCACAUGGCCAGAUGCCAGCUCUCUUCAGUGUUUGACAGUUACACUGUGCAACAUGGCAGCUGAGGUUUGUGUGCCAGGCCAUGCAGGGCGGAAUGAUCUGCCCUGGCGCACAAAAACACUCGCUGAUUCAAAAGAGACCUAUGGGAUGGGGUGCCAGGAAAACUAAAAGUGGAAGAUGACCCUUGCAUGAUGAUGUCAGAACCUGGUGCUGCUUAGUUAACAUGAAACCGAAAAUGUGAGACUGGAGAGAAAAUGCACAAGUGGAAUUGUCUGUGGGAAUCCUGAAUGGUUUCAAGUGAAUUUGAGACCACGGGAGACUCGUGAGAGUCUUGUGGAAAGUGAAGGUGUUCUCUGCGUGCAGGAUGCGGUCUUGCUCAUUUAUUCUUCACCCCCCGACAAGAAAAACGUAAUUGUGGCAAAGUGUGUGUCUGUGUUCUUCACGCUUCAUUUGGGAAUCACAGCCGGAAAACCCCCCUAUGCAUUUCCAGGAGUGGUUACGGUCACUUCGCUCCAGCACUGGACUCAAAGGGUCUGAAUCAGAGAACUUCUGGAGUCUUCUGCCGUCUCUGCCUCUGUCCUCCUUCUCCCUGUCCUCCCUGUCUCUGUCACCCUCCUCUCUCCUGGGUUUAGGAGCCCUGGCCUCUCUCACUGCGUACUGGCUGGUGACCCGUCCUCGACCCAUGCGUCCUCCCUGUGAUCUACAAGCCCAGUCUGUAGCUGUGAAUGGAGAUCCCAGCUGCAGGCGAUCAGCUCUACUUAAAGAUGACGCACUGCUGGAGUUUUACUACGAGGACACCAGGACAGCCUAUGACAUGUUCCAGAGAGGCCUGAGGAUCGCAGGAAAUGGCCCGUGUCUUGGCUUCAGAAAGCCGGGGCAGCCCUACGAGUGGAUCUCCUACACUGAGGUGGCUGAGCAGGCGCAGGUGCUGGGCUCUGGGCUGCUGGCCAAAGGCUGCAAGCCGAACCCGCAGCAAUUUGUUGUGAUAUUUGCACAAAACAGACCAGAGUGGAUCAUCUCAGAGCUGGCCUGCUACACCUACUCCAUGGCGGUGGUGCCGCUGUAUGACACACUGGGGCUGGAGGCCAUGGUCCACAUACUCAACCUGGCGGAGAUCUCUCUGGUGAUCUGUGACCGGGAGGAGAAGGCAGUGUCUUUGUUGGAGAACAAGGAGAAAGGCGUGACUCCGAAGCUCUCCUGCCUGGUUCUCUUUAGUGAUUUCAGUGACGCCUUUGUGGAGAGGGCGAAGAAUUGCGAGGUGGAGGUUUUGAAACUGGAGCAGCUCAUGGACUUGGGAAGGCAGAACCUCAAAGAUCCUGUGCCGCCCCAGCCUCAGGAUCUGGCCGUGGUUUGCUUCACCAGUGGAACCACAGGGAAGCCCAAGGGAGCCAUGAUCACCCACGGCAACAUCGCCUCCAACACUUCCUCUGUCAUUAAGAUCCUGGAGGGUUCGUUUGUGAUCCAACGAGAGGAUGUGUCGAUCUCUUACCUGCCACUUGCCCACAUGUUUGAGAGGAUGAUUCAGGUCUCCAUGUUCUGCCAUGGGGCCAGAGUAGGAUUCUACCAAGGCGACAUUUCUCUUCUUAUGGAUGACAUUAAAACUCUCAAACCUACCUUCUUUCCUGUUGUGCCUCGUUUACUCAAUCGCAUCUAUGACAAGAUCCUGGGUUCUGUGACCUCUCCGUUGCGACGGGCUUUGCUUCACUACGCUGUGAGGAGAAAGCAGGCGGAGCUCAGCAGCGGGGUUGUACGUAACAACAGUCUGUGGGACAAACUGGUGUUCAACAGGAUCCAGGCCAGUUUAGGAGGUAAUCUGCGGUUUGCCCUGACUGCUUCAGCACCCAUCUCCCCCACUGUGCUGUCCUUCCUCAGAGCCACUAUAGGCUGUCUGAUUUUUGAGGGUUACGGCCAGACGGAGUGCACUGCAGGCUGCACGUUCUCUAUGCCGGGAGACUGGAGCGCAGGUCAUGUUGGUGCUCCCUUGCCCUGUGCCAUGGUGAAGCUGGUAGACAUCCCUGAGAUGAACUACUAUGCUAAGAACGGGGACGGAGAGAUCUGUAUUCGUGGCCCCAGUGUGUUCAGGGGCUACCUGAGGGACCCAGAAAGGACAGCUGAAGCCUUGGACAGCGACGGCUGGCUACACAGUGGGGACGUGGGCCAGUGGCUUCCAAAUGGGACACUACGCAUCAUUGACAGGAAGAAGCACAUAUUCAAGUUGUCCCAGGGAGAGUACAUUGCUCCAGAGAAGAUAGAAAAUGUCUACAUGCGUUGUGUUACUGUGCUACAGGUGUUUGUGCACGGAGAUAGUUUACAGUCUUAUCUCAUAGGCAUAGUUGUGCCUGACCCUGAAGUGUUUGUUAACUGGGCUAAAGAGCGAGGAUAUGUGGGAUCCUAUGAAGAACUGUGCCAGAAUCCUGAUUUAAAGAACACAGUAUUAGAGGACAUGAAAGCGGUGGGGGAGGAAGCAGGGCUGAAGUCCUUUGAACAAGUGAAGGACCUUCAUUUGCAUCCAGAGAUGUUCAGUGUCGCCAACGGCCUUCUCACCCCCACACUGAAAAGUAGACGUGCCGACAUCCGCAGAGUCUUUCAGGAACAAAUAUCAAGCAUGUACAGCAAGACGGCCAUUUAAAAGGACUCCACGCACAACACCCAAGGGUUACUGGUGUCCAAUAAGGGAAAAAUAGGACAGGCAGCUUGGAGAAGAAAAUUAAAAAUGUCCAGCAGUGGAUUUUGGAAUAUUGGUAUUUUGCUUCAAAGAAGUUUUAAUUCCCGUCCACGCAUCCCCCUCUUGCACACAGUAAUGUAUUAACUCUUCACAUGGAAAAUAAGAUGGGGACCAAACCAUUGUUGUUGGGGUUUUUUUUUUUUUUUUUUUAAUUGCACUUUCACUGUUGUCCUUGUCACUAAUUCAGAGUUGUGAUUCACCAGGAGAUUUUACUGAUAAAUAAAUUGUCUAGUUGUAGAAAUAAGAAUCACAGAAGUUAUUAGGAAGCAACCAGCAGAGAUGUGAAGUUAGACAUUUAAUUUACGCUGCCCUGUUCUUUUCUCAUGUAAGAAUUUUUAAAGGGACACUUGUGGGUGUACUUGGGGCGUUGUUGCUCAUAGAACUCUCAUUAGCUGUACGUUUGUAUUUACGGUUGUUGGGCGCUUAUACCACCAUGACAUAAGCUCUUCAUGAACAUCCUUGAUUUCAUAACCCAGUGUGAGCAUGUAAUCUCUCAUCUGAAGUUAAACCAUUAAAACUAAAGAGGGUUUCAACCAGCAAUGAUUUGUAAAAAAAAAAAGAAAAAAAGUGGCUGAACUGUAAAUACUGCUUAUAUUGAGAUUUGUUGAGGACACUACUGACUAAUUCCAGUAAAGUAAAACUAAACAGAAAUAAAGAAUAGUAACUGAU